CCCUUUUGUUGUACUUACUUUCCAUUCUCUUUUUCCCCUCAGCACUCAUAGUGUGAGCUAGGAAAGUGAUCACCACAAGCCUCUCCAGCCCAGUACCAUCUCACUCAACAACCCCUUAACACAACCUUUGGAAAGGAGCACAAGCGACCCCAACGCAUGCCACACACUUCCUCUCCCCUCCCAGCUCGCCCUCUGUAUUAAUUAUUCAUCAACAAACCACCCAAAUUAAUUUUAGCAUGCCAAAACCAGAAGCACAACUUUCAUGGUUUGGCCUCGUGGCCGCCCUUGCUUUAUUUCUACUCCCGGAAACUUGCAUCGCCAGAAGCAUAAACAAGGAUUGUGGCUUUACUAUGUGUGGAGAUGUUAACAUCCGCUUCCCUUUUCGAUUAACAAGCCAACCUCACAACUGUGGCAACCAUAGGUAUGAGCUGGAGUGUGAGAAUAAUAACCGCACCACUUUGGUCACGAAACAUGGGAGAUUCCAUGUCCAAAACAUCUCUUAUGAAAUGGGAAAAAUGCAAGUCAUCGAUGCGAAUCUGGACAGGGAUGAUUGCUCCCUUCCUCGCAGUUCCCGCAAUAGUUUUGAUGCUGCAUGUGAGCUACCGUAUGCGAUGUCUUAUGCUACAAGCAGCAAUAUGUAUCUUGUAAAUUGCACAACACCGAUGAAAUCUUCUCUGUAUGUUGAUGCCUCUCGUUGCCCCAAUCGCUCUUCCCAUCCACCUACCUACUUUUAUUUUUUAGAUCAAGGAACACGGCCUGUUGAUUUCAAUCAGUUUUGCACGGUCGGAGCACAGGUUCCAGUUGGGCGAGAGAAUAUCAGCAACAUGUCUACUGUGGACAUCUACAAAAAACUAUUACUGGGCUUUGAGCUGUCAUGGUUGGACUCCGAUCAUUUCUUGCUGCAGUGCAGGGAUGAUAAACUUCGAGUGAUAUUGGACUCUUUGCUAUAUGCAUUGAGCACCUAUGCGGCCAGCAUCGUACAUUUCCCCUUCCAUAGCCAAGAUUAUUAUUAUGAAGAUAAAAGAACGUAUAUUUUAUGUCUUGGAGUAACAGGAGGAGUUAUCUUAUUAAGAGCUUUGCCGGGAAUAUGUUGCUUGAUCGUAGUUGUUACGUACAAAUGGCGAAGAAGACAUUUAUCUGUGGAUGAUACGAUUGAGGAGUUUCUUCAAAGUCAAAAUGAUUUAAUGCCGAUAAGAUAUUCUUAUCGUGAAAUAAAAAGAAUGACGAGAAGUUUUCGAGAUAAAUUAGGUGAAGGUGGUUAUGGUUCAAUAUUUAAAGGAAAGCUUCCUAGUGGCCAUUUUGUAGCAAUAAAGUUAUUGGGUAAGUCAAAAGCUGAUGGACAAGAUUUCAUUAAUGAAGUUGCUACAAUGGGGAGAAUUCAUCAUGUUAAUGUGGCCAAACUUAUUGGAUUUUGUGUGGAAGGAUCAAAACAAGCUCUUGUCUAUGACUUUAUGCCUAAUGGAUCUCUAGAUAAGAUCAUAUUUGCAGAAGAAAACAAAACUAUCUUGAGUUGGCAAAAAAUGUUUGAUAUUGCGCUUGGGGUGGCUCGAGGAAUUGAAUAUUUACAUCAAGGAUGUGACAUGCAAAUUCUACAUUUUGAUAUCAAGCCACACAAUAUUCUUUUAGAUGAGAACUUUAUCCCAAAAGUUUCGGAUUUUGGUCUUGCUAAACUCUAUUCGGUAGCUGAUAGCAUUGUAUCACUCACUGCAGCACGAGGUACAAUUGGAUAUAUUGCUCCUGAAUUGGUCUACAAAAACAUUGGAGCCAUCUCGUACAAGGCUGAUGUUUAUAGUUUCGGAAUGCUAUUGAUGGAAAUGGUGGGAAGAAGGAAGAAUUUGAAUGCAUUUGCUGAACACUUAAGUCAAAUAUACUUCCCUUCAUGGAUUUAUGGCCGGUUUCAUCAAGGAGACGACUUUGACUUGGGAGAGGUUACAGAUGGUGAAAAGGUAAUUGUUAAGAAGAUGAUAAUAACAGCUUGUUGGUGUAUACAAGUGACACCUAAUGACCGUCCUUCAAUGGGCAAAGUCUUGCAGAUGCUUGAAACAGAUGUCGAGCUCCUUCAAAUGCCCCCCAAACCUUUUCAACUUCCUUUUGAAGUAUCAACUAAGGAUCAUGUUGAUGACAAUCCAAGCAAGGAUCCAACUUCAUCACUUUUUUCUUCAAAUGCAAUUAGUUUAAAUAUAGCCUAAGCUAUUAAACUUUUCAUUUUUAUCACGUUACCAUUGUACUUUGGUAAUAAGAAAAAAAUCAUAUCCCUCCAAAGCCUAGAAUUUUGUAUUCUAAUUUCCAAACUUUGCUCUGUAUUUUGAGCUCUAUUUCU